AUGCGCCGCGGCCUCGUCCACGCGCUCCUCGCAGCGACGCUCGCGCGUUCCGUCGCGGCGUCCUUCGACCCGCUCGCGGCGUUUCGACCCGCGGAGCUCCCGGCGAGCCAACCCAGGCGCGCAGCCCCGCCGCGGCAGCCACCGCCACCGCCACCUCCUCCUCCACCUCCUCCUCCUCAACCCCCUCCUCCUCCUCGACCCCCUCCUCCUCCUCGUUCACCACCUCCUCCUCCUCCUCCGCUCCCACCGGGCCCGCGCGAACCCCCCGCGCCCGAGCGUCCCACCACCGUGCGCGUCCAAGCCGAGACGCCCCCGCGGUUCAACUACCAAACCCCCGGGGAAGGGGACGGAGAGGAGGACUACUCCUACUACAACGACGACUCCUACUACGACGACGACGACUCCUACUACGACGACGACGACUCCUACUACGACGACGACUCCUCGUUCGACGAUGCGCGGCUGACUGUUCGGAGGUACAGGAACACCCUCGCGUCCCGCGCGGACCCCCUCGCCGUCGCCGCGAGGAACUCCUUCCUCGCCAACGACCGAGUGUACGACAAGUACGCCGGGGUGGCCAACCCGAUGACGACGCUCUACCUGCGCCAAGACGCGCUCGGCGCCGCGUUCGCCGACGCGACGUGGCUCCUCUCCGAGCCCUUCGCCGACAGGCCCACCGCGCUCGACGACUACCUCCGGUGCUCCACCCUCGUGCGAUCGUGCACCCCAGCGGAGGUGCUGCGGCGGUGCACGUACGAGCCCAGGGGGUCAUGGUACAGGGAGCGGCGGUCGCGAUCCAACGCGCCCCUCGACUGGCCGUACUGCGAACCGGACCUCGACGAGGUGUACGGGUUUUGCACCAACGAGGAGGUGGCGCACUCGACGUGCGAGCCGAAGGAGGCGCGGCGGCGGAUGCGGGCGCACGCGGCGUGGGUUGGGGAGGCGGUCGUGCGGAACGAUCCGAGACGGUGGGGCCGGGGAGCGCGAGACGUUUUCGUCGAGCGAACGUAA